AAGAGGAGACGCGCGCACGCAAACCCGGAGGCCGGGAGGCGGAGGGCAGAGGCAGCACCGUCCCGUCCACCUGACCACCUCCACCAUUUUUUCCUCUUCCUCCUCGCCUCCACCCCUUCCCUUCCAUCUCUUCUCACCUGGCCACUCCUCUCCCUCUCUCCCGCGCCGAUCGAUUGGCCCACCCAUCGAUCGAGCACGGGAAGAAGAUUCCAGUCCGGAGAGGUCUCAAUUCGAUCGGGCUCGUUCUGGUGUGGGUGGGCACCAUGGCGGCCACAGAGGCCUCGGCAGACAAGAACGCCGUCUUCCGCAAGCUUCGCACCAAAUCAGACAACAAGAUGUGCUUCGAUUGUAACGCCAAGAACCCGACGUGGGCGUCCGUCACCUACGGUGUCUUCCUCUGCAUCGACUGCUCGGCGGUGCACCGCAGCCUCGGCGUCCACGUCUCCUUCGUCAGUUGCACAUCGAAUGACUGAAUCAAUACUGAAAAACAGCUACAAUAUGCAGGUCAACAAAUUUGGAUUCAUGGACUCCAGAACAGCUGAAAAUGAUGGUCUAUGGAGGAAACAACCGUGCACAAGCUUUCUUUAAGCAGCAUGGUUGGACAGAUGGUGGAAAAAUUGAAGCAAAGUAUACUUCAAGAGCAGCUGACUUGUACCGGCAGUUGCUUGCUAAAGAGGUCGCUAAAAGCGCCACUGAAGAUGGCAACAAUAGUUGGCCAUCUUCACCAGUUGCAGCUUCCCAGGCUUCGGAUCAAACUGCUGCGUUUCCAGAUCUUAAGCUGACAGAGGUAUCAAAAGAAAAUGUAAGUGAAAAGGAAGACUCUGAGAUUGUUCGUUCGCCUAGAGUUCCAACCCGUUCUAUCAAGAAGCCGAUUGGUGCUAAAAAGCCUGGAAAUAAGACCGGCGGACUUGGUGCACGGAAGCUUACAUCAAAGCCAAAUGAAAGCCUGUAUGAGCAGAAGCCCGAAGAAACAGCUCCUGUCCUGCCAUCAUCGGUGAUUGCAAGUACUACAGCUAGGAGCAAACCCCAUACUUCCCGAUUUGAGUAUGUAGAAAAUGCACCUGCUCCUAAGACUGGGAGCAGCUCAGAAGGCAAUCUCAUGAGUGGACAUGUUGCACCCCCAAAGUCAUCGAACUUCUUUGUUGAAUUUGGGAUGGACAGUGGAUAUCACAAAAAAUCUACAUCCAGUUCAUCCAAAGUGCAGAUUGAGGAAAGCAGUGAAGCAAGACAGAAAUUCUCGAAUGCAAAAUCAAUUUCAUCCUCUCAGUUUUUUGGUGAUCAGGCCAGUUUCGAAAAGGACACUCAAGUCUCUCUCCAAAAGUUUUCUGGUUCCUCUGCCAUAUCAAGUGCUGAUCUAUUUGGCCAUCCAGCAAACAAUUCUAGCGUGGAUCUCAGUGCUUCAGAUUUGAUCAACAGAAUAUCAUUCCAGGCCACUCAAGAUCUGUCUUCUCUCAAGAACAUGGCAGGGGAAACUGGGAAAAGGUUGACAUCGAUGGCAUCCAACAUCAUCACUGAUCUUCAGGACCGCAUCCUCUAAGCUUAAGUUACAGCAAAGUAAACUUUUACGUUGCUUCAGUGGCUGGUCCCGUCAACCGGGUGACAAACUGGCCUGCCCCGCAGAUCUGUCUAGGAGUUCGAGUUCGUAGGCGUCUGAAAACUUCCUGGCAUAUCUGUCUAGGAGUUCGGAAGCAUCUGAAAAAAGUGUAAGCUAUUUCCUUAAUAUGAAAGCAGGAAGGAUUGCCGCUCUCACGUUAGUCCACGUCGGCAAGAAAUCUUUCGCCGUUCGAUCA